ACCGGAGUUCCAUCGUCAUCACCAGUACAAGUUUUUUAGUGCCUCUGCACAAGAUAAGCGUACAAAAAUACAAGAAACACACCUUGUUACUUUACUGCUUGAGUCCUGCGUAUCGAGCCGCUGAUUUUGCGCAAAGAAAUCUCACUUACAUUUAUGUCCUCGGCUGAUGUGACAUACACACUAUUGUUUGCUGGAGUGAUCACACACAUUUUUAAUCUCAUCAAGUAAACGAUUCGAUGUCACGGGUACGCACAACGCUAACGUCAACUUUAUGUCUUCUGAUCACCAUCAUUCUUCUCGAUAUCAAUCUUUAGCACUUCGACAUGAUGCUACACUUAAGUUCUAAAGCGCUCGAACUUGUGCUAUUGCAAGCUUCACGGGCGCGAACUCUUGACAUAGCAACGAUAACAGAGCGAAGCCCAUCCAGUCUACGAUCUCCCGCUCACAUUCGGAUAGCAGUAGAGAAUGUUCUAUUCGCUGAAGCCGGCUCAGACCAAAAGACCAGAUCACUCAUCAUGGCUGUGUGAAUGGCUACAAGUGCUAUCAGGUGUAAUAGGCGCACGUUUUGACACCACAAAACGAUUAGCGUGUGCGUAGCCGGCAGAAUAGACUCUGUUUGAUUGUUGUGUGGUACGUUUUACAAUCUUAAGACCUCGUAUUAACCUAGUAAAAAAAUCUUUUGAUAACUUUGCAACGAAAUUCUGGGUUUGACUCAGAUUGCUAGCCUUACAGCGGCCAGCUGAUAACACCAGAAACGUGAUAUUCUGUAUCCUCUCGCCAAACGUUAGCAAACACUCCUUCGACGCCUCGCUGGCAACUUUGACUUUUUGGCUUUCGAGGCGUAGGAUUUACAAUAUUCUGCUCUUGCAUUAUUUUUUCUAUUAGAUAAUGAUUUAUGUACAAUUCGAACGUGCGUCACACAAAGACGAUCCUUGCAACUUCACGACUGCCCACAUCGACACGUGGAUGUUAAACAGCGCUUGAAAUUUACAUUUCUAGCAUCUCUG